AUGAGCUGCAUUACUGCUGCUGCCCCUUUAGCAGCAUCUUCGGUGCCGCCGAAUAUGAUGGCGUCGACCAGUUCGCCUCCUGAAUCCGCAGAGCUCGAUGUAGCAGCGGCUGUCGCUUCUGCUGCUGCUGCGUUGAUCAGUCCGAUGGUGAUGCCACCGACAAUGACAAACGGGAAAGAUGUUAACAAAACGUCCCAAAUUCUCAAUGAUUAUUUACAUAUGGUGGUGGGAAAGCGCGUUCAAUUGAUUGGCGACACAACAACCUCAUUCGGACUCGAUACUCCAAAUCCAAAACUAAUGUUCACUCCUCUCGAUUUGCCGACAACGGCUGAGUUGAUGCAACGAUGUCUAGCAGUGAACCCCUUCGAAGCGAAAUUCCGAGAAGCGAAUCAGAAGAUCAGCUCCGGUAGCAUGCAGCCGAAUACAUCGGGUGCAAAUCAAUCGCUUGAAGCAUUAGAAGCUAAUGGCGGAGUUCCAUUCGGUGGAAGUAAUCCUGGUUCUGUCUCAGAUCUCUUGUUGAAAAUCCCUCAAACAACACUUCAGCAGUCUCCCGGUAUCUUUUCCAACAUUCAACUAUUAACUGCUGCUGGUGAUUCAGAAGGAACUACUCGAGAGAAUUUGAAAACUGCUGAUAUAUCCAAAUUACUUUCUGUUGCUGGUGAUUUCUCGGCUCAAGCUCCACGAACUGCCGAUGUGUUGAAUGCCGUUCUCGAUAUGCAUUCCGAUCGACUACACACGAUAAAUUAUCUGAAUAACAAACCAGAUUUCUCGGCACUUCUACGAUCUCCAUCAUCGUCAGCUCCGAACUCUGCAUCAGUUCUCACGAAUGCAAUUACAAUUCCAACAACAAGUAUAGCACCAGCACCCACACUAUUAGCUCCUCCGAAAGUGGUGAGCGCGUAUCACUCUCCUCAUGGUGCAUCACUGCCACCUUCUACUCAGAAGUCCCCUGCGGAAGGUAAUUGGGAUCUGAGCGGAGAGAAGCAAAUCAAGAAAGAAAUGCCAUACUUCGGUGAUGAAGCAAUGAUGCUGAUGGAGAGGAACAACAUGUCAUCUUCUGGCUCGGAUCAAGAUCAGAGCACUGGUCCAUCCAACACCGCGUCUGUUGCCUCCACGAGCACUGGAAAUCCUGUCGGUCGACCUCAAAAUGGAACACCUGGAAGAGGUCGCGGUCGAGGAAGGAGUACAACUGCAGAUAUGCAACCAGAUGAAAGGAGGAAUACUAUUCUUGAGCGAAACAAGGCUGCUGCUGUGAGGUACAGAAAGAGGAAGAAGGAGGAGCACGAUGACAUGAUGGGCAGAGUUCAAGCUAUGGAAGCUGAAAAGAACCAGCUACUGACACAAAAUCAAGUGCUGCGUCGGGAACUCGAAAGGGUGACUGCGCUAUUGACUGAAAGAGAAUCACGAUGUGUUUGCUUGAAAGGGCUCCCGAUGAGCGACGAUCCGCAUGGAACUCGUGCCGGUGGAAGCAAUGGAAUGUAUUCAGGACCAUCAUCAGAUAUGCUAAAUGGACUCGGGCAAAUCAAUGGAAUGCACAUGAAAUUGCCCAAACUUGGAUGA